AUGACUUCACCAGCUGCCUCAUCCGCCGUCCCCUCCGUCGCUGCCGUCUCCGCCGUCGCUGCCGUCCCCUACUCCACCUUCAAUUCACUCAGACUUGGAAGAUCCGCCCAGGCUGUGGUCGGUAGGAUCAUCCGAUUUUGGGAUGCUAAGAACAUCAAUAAGAAUGGGGAGCUUCUGGGAAUAACCAUUCUGCUCCUCGAUGAGAUGGACACUGUGAUCCAUUGUUUUAUCCCAGCUAACCGGGUCAGCUAUUACCGGUCGUCUCUGGUGUCUGGUUCAAUCGUGAGAUUGGAACGUUUUGAGGUUGGUAGGGUGUCCGAAAAGUACAAGGUCACCGAACAUCAGUUUCUGAUCCGAUUCCUUCCUUCGACACGUAUUGUUGACGUCCAGGUGGAUGCCCCCGUGAUCAAAACCAACAGCUUCAUGGUGAGACGUAUUGGCCAAUUUCAAGUUCUCGCCAAUACUAACUUGGAGCUUCCAGGGGAGAUUCGCUCUGUGCAAGGUUCUGAUCUCAAGAACACCGCGGACACGACCAGGAUCGUUGUCCGCCUCCUAAUCGAACCGAAUGUAACCGUGUACGUUUCGUUGUGGGAUGAGGCUGCGUCCACCUUUAGGGGUUUUUUGAAGGAUGGGGAUAGAUCCCAGUCCGUGAUGUUGGUGACCUCUGUUAAUCCUAAGCUGUUUGGAGGGAACCUAUACCUGAACUCCACACAAGGAACUACGUUCUUUUUUGACACCAGCAUCCCUGAGAUAGCAGAGUUUAUCGGCGGUCUUGGAGUUACAGCAACUCAGGCGUACACUUGUGUUGACACUCUCGAAGGGAUCAAGAGAAAAGAGCUUGUCACCAUUGGGGAUCUGAACACGUACAUCUCCAACUCCAAUGAGCAGACACAGGAAGCUGACUUUCUCUGCAAAGCACAGAUUGUUUGUGUCAACCAGGAAAAUGGCUGGUCAUUUGUGUCAUGCACUGGCUGCAACAAGAAAUUGGAGAGGAAUGGAACAUCCCUUGACUGCACCAGAUGUUUAACCUCUGACGUCACUGGUGUCGUCAGGUUCCGUGUUGAGCUCGCUGUCGAUGAUGGCAAAGACAGCGCCACGUUUGUUGUCUUCGAUAAGGAGAUGUCAAAACAGACUAAACAGGAUGCUGCUGCUCUUGCCCUUGAUGUGGUGCAUGACGGUGGAGAGGAGCAACUCCCAGCAUGUCUUGAAGAGUUAGAAGGGAAAAAGUUUGUGUUUCACAUACAUGUGACACCUUUCAACUUCACUCCUAACCACCGGACCUUCACCGUCUCUACCAUGACUGAAGAUGACACUUUGGCGAACCAUGGAAAGGACCAACUUGAGAGGAUCCCUCCCCACGCUGAGGAAAACGUGGAAGUGGCAGGUUCAACUUCGGGGACAGGGAAGGCAGAUGGAUUGAAGAAACGCAAGCGUGGUGGACGUGAGUAA